AAUAUUGGAUUUAGUCCAUAUUUGAAUGCAAUCACAGCGAAUGGAAUGACAAGUUUACAUGGUCUACCAAAUUUACCAACACAUUUAUCAACAACUGCAACACCACGUCAUUUACUUAAUACUACUACUACUAAUAAUACUAAUAAUAAUAAUCAUCAUACUAUAAAUGGUUUGACAAAUAAACGAUCUAGUUUACCAGAUACUAAAACUGAUUUCUCAUCAAUUUAUACACCAUGUGGAAUAGUGACUACAAUGAAUGGUAAUAAAUUCAAUGCACAAAAUGAUCAUCAUCGUCAUCAUCAUCACAAUCAACAACACCAUCAUCACCAAAAUCAUCAUCAAAAUCAUCAUCAUCAGAAAUUGAAUGGAUCAACUGGUACUAGUAAUGAAACAGUAAAUACAAAAGAACAUAGUCAAUCACCUGGAAUACGUGUUACACCUGUCGUAUCGAAUGCUAAUAAUGCCGGUGCUUGUAGUAGUGGUGCUGGAGGCGGCGGUAGUUCAGUGGGGAAUUCUACCAAUGGGAAUAGUAAUACUAACAAUAAUAAUACUAGUAAUAAUGGUAUGAAUGCAUCAGCUGCGGCAGCUGCAGCAGCGGCGGCAUUUUUUAGUCUACAACAACAACAACAACACCAACAACACCAACAACAACAGAAUUCCAUUAGUUUAGGUCUACCACCCCCGUCGGCACCGUCAGCAGCAGCAGCAGCGGCUGCAGCUGCGGCGGCUGCUGCGGCGGCCCAUGUGAAUCCAAUUCCAUUGACAACUGUAUCAUUGGCGGCAGCUGCAUCAUUAGCAGCUGCAGCUGCAGCGGCCAAUAGAGUCAUCGGACCGAAUAAUACAUUAUCAUCACAUUUUCCUGUUGCAUUACCUGAUCAUACAGGUGGUUAUUUUCAAACUCCUUAUCAUAUUGAAAUACCAUCAUUUUCUUACCAUUAAUGAGGGGUUUUUUUUAAAAAAAAAAUAAGAACAUACAAUCGAAAUGAUGGAAAACUACAAUUUUUGAAAAUUCCGCCAUUUUAUUAUUUACACUCUGUUGAUCAAUUAAAACAAACCAAUAUUAUAUUAACGAAACAAGAUUUAUAACGAUAAUAUUUAUAAUUUCCAAAAAAAAUCUCUUUAUUUGUUUUUAUUCCGAAGAAAUUCUAGUAGUAGUAGUAAUAAUAAUAUUAAUAAUAAUAAUAUUCUUUCAAAGAUUCUAGUUUCUGUUGUAUUCAUUGGAAAGUCGUAUGAGUAUCUUUAUCUUCGAAGACUGUUCUUGUUGUGUGUUUGUGUGUGUCUGUCUGUGUGCGUGCACACCUGUUUGUGUUUGAUGCGAACAAGUUAACUUUUUUUUUCAAACGUCCUUGUUCUUAUUUUAUCGAUCGGAAUGAUUCAUUCAUGAAUAAUGAUCAUUUCAAUAGUCAAUUUAUUACUUACUCUGUCUAUCUAUCUAAUAACAUCUACAUACCUUUCUUUAUACAUCGAUAUUUAUUUAUUUAAAAAAAAGUAAGAUGGAAAGAAAUCGAAUCCAACGAAUAAAUUUGAUAAUAACAACAACAACAAUAAUGGAAUUCAAAACUUUCAAGCAUUUGUUCAAUUUUUUAUCAUUUAUUGUUUUUAUUUAAUAUCACAUAAUUUUAUUUGUCUUUUUUUUUAAAUUUUCGAA